AUGAAGAUUCGAUCUGGAAAAGUCAAACAUUUCUACUUUAUUGGAUUAUUUGCCAUCGGCGCAUGCGGGACAAUUCUGGCGAUCUUGGCAUUGGCCGUAAUAUAUCACCGCUCGGAGUCCAGGAAGGCAUAUCAAUAUUCCGUCGUGUCAAGGGAAUUUGCCGAUUUUCUUCAUUAUCUGAUACACAAUGGCAGCGAGGAAGAGCAAAUGGAGACAAUAUCGCAGCAUACAAGUAUUGCAACUAUAUCGCAGUCUUUCUGUGAUACCAAAAGGCAAAAGAUUUCGGAAGGUGAUCAAGAUAUAUUAAAAGUUUCCCACAAACGGAGAUAUUCGCGUUAUGUCAACGCCAUGAAUAAAACGGAGCUCCGAAGGAUUUUGAAAAUAUUUGACACAUUCAUACACGCAUGUACAGAAAAUGGGCUGACGUAUUUUCUCUACGGCGGAUCUCUUCUGGGUGCGUAUAGACACGGGGGUGUGAUACCAUGGGACGAUGAUAUUGACGUCAUGAUGAAUGUCUCCGAAAAAUACCGAGCCUUUGAAAUACUUGGACACGUUCCCGGAUAUGAUAUAAGUGCACCGAAUGACUUUCAAUGGAAAUUUUAUGCCUCCCAUCACAAUAACAACGUUUAUUGGCCAUACAUCGAUAUAUUCUUUUUCGAGGAAAACUCUACUCACAUUUUCGACGUCUCAUCUAAAAAUAUCUUGUAUACCUAUCGAAAGGACGUCGUUUUUCCUCUCCAGCGGUUACCGUUUGAAAAUCUUCAAUCGACUGUUCCGAAAUGCCCGAGACGAUUUCUUGAAGUCAGUUAUGAUAUCGAGGUCUGUGUUGCAGCAACGUUUUCACACAAGCAAGAACGCGCAAUGUUUGCCCACCAGUCCAUUCCUUGCGAAAGUCUGGUGGCUUUCUUUACAUUUGUAACAAGGUCUGCUUGUAUUUGCUAAAUUGUUGUAAACGAAUAAGCUUUUAAGCAUGGUUAAGGUCGCAACCUGCGUCACACAGCUACGCCGAAAAGAACAAAAGCAAAACCAAUCAAUGAUGUUUUAUUUAUGCAUACCUUGUGCUUGAACCAAUCCUAUUGUUACUGAAAUACUGUGUAUUGCCAUUCUCAGUAGGCGAACGUCCGCUUCAAAUCAACUUUAACUGACGGCUUAACAAGUCGUAAACGAUUGUUACUGAAAGUUACGUACUAGCUAGAGAUGCAAAACUCGUUAACUAGUUAGUUUGCAUGUUUGAUUAGUGUCCGUAAUAAUUUCUCAUAAUCAUGUCGAUUUUAACGUUGAAAUAUCUUGAGUACUUUCUGAUUGGUAAAGUAAUUAACAUUCGAUAGUUUGAACAUUGUUGUUUUAUUCACACGUUUUUCAUCCUUCACUUAAGUGUGAAGUUCUCAACUGGCGUAUGGAUAUAAAAAAUAGUCAUGCAUUUCGAUAUUCAUUUCCUAAAAACGUUAACGUCAAAGCUGAGGAGGCCUCUAAAUUGUACAACAGAAGUACAAGGCUUGUCCAAGUCGGUUCGUAUAACUAUGGCCGCUGUUACAGUGACAUUAUUGGCGUCACCCAAGUCACAUUUUAGGCCGAGGCAGUCUAUGAAAUGCCUCCCACGGACAUUGUUUUAACCUAGAAUGACUCCAGUGUUUUUAUAGGACAUAAAAGCGUGUUUGUACAAACAAUGGCCCGAAUUAUUUACGUUAUAUAUACUAGCUAGUAAUAGUAUGUACCUAGUAAAGAAUCAAGUAGUUGCAAUUGCACCAUUCAUAAAUGUACGCAUAUAACGUGUAACACCGACGGAUCUAGAAACCUAAGCAACUAUUAAAUAUCAACACACACUUUUCAUUCAUUUGCGUUAUUUUUGUUU